AUGCAUCCACAACUGCUUUUCCGCCUCCGGCUCCUACUGGGUGUUCUUCUUGGCGUCUCUGCAGCCUUGGUGCUCCCCAAUCGGAACCCCAUUUCGCGAGAUACACCUGAGUUGACCAAGAUCGGCUCCAGCAACGACGCGAGUCCCAAAAGCACGACGAUAUACUUUCCGGACUCAAUCAGCCCGAAUGUGCAAACCGCUAGCACCGCUCCAUCUACUGUCGAAUCAUCGGGACAGGUUUCCUCUAAGAACAACAAACGAGGAGAGGCGCAUGGCACACUGAUUCCGCACAUCACGAAAGCCCAAAUUGCUAGAGAUGACACGAAGCAACCAGGCAGCAUCUACAGGCGAGACGGUGGGGGAUCGAACAUGACUGUCAUCUACAUCAUUGUCCCCAUUCUCGCUGUUGGGUUUCUCAUUGGUGGCUGUAUCUGUUGGCGCAAGUUUCAGGGGCAUUGA